UCUCUCUCUCUCUCUCUCUCUCUCUCUCUCUCUUUCUUUCUUUCUUUCUCUCUUCACUCAAAAGCGCCACAUUGUAUAAGGGUGGCAAAUUCCAUACAAACAAAACGAAAAGGUUUUUGGCACGACUUUUCUCGUGGUUCGUUUCAUUUCCCUCCUCGCCUGAAUGUUAUGCAAGCUGCCGAACAAAUGAUGAUUUUUCCCCUAUUUCAAAACGGACUGAUAAGACAGUUCGCUUAGUGAACACACGAUUCUUCGUGCCCGGUGCCCAUUUUCAUUUCUGCAUGCGUGUUCGGGUCGGGUUCGGGCAAUUGGAACAUUUCGCGGCAUCUAUCUACUGGCGACCGUAUCGGAACGCAGAAACGAGUUCAGUUUUCUGGUGGCCCGCGAUGAAGUUGCACACACUUCAAUCGAGUUGCGUACCGUCGUCGUCGUCGUCUUUACCGCCGUCGUCGUCGUCGUCGUCGUUGUCGACACCGUUGCCGUUCGAUCGAUUUCGGGUCCGUAGUGCCGUUCGCGAUUUUACGUACGCCUUGCACCGUAUGCAAUCCGGCUACCAGCCGUGCGUGGAUAAAAGCCGCACCGAAACGGUACGGUCCGUUGUUGUCGAGUGCCCGGUGGGCUAGAUACGAAAUACACAAUUAGUGAACACAAGAGUCUGGAAUAUACCUAUUCAACAACGAGAAAGGAAGAAAAGAAAGAUAUCGGAACAGAAACAUAUCCGCCCUAUGUUUUCCGUGUUAUUUUCGGGUCGGGUAAACGUUUCCACAUAUCUUAUACCCAUCCCUGUGUAAAGUGGCCCCAUAUCACCAUCGCGACGAAACAUAUCUCCGUUCCACUUGACAUCCGCAUCUCAAGCGGUUCCGGAUUCAGCUUCAUUAGCUCGCCCGGUUUUUCGGAAGAAUAUUGAUAUUUUCGGUCGGUGUGUUAUGUUUUACGUUGCUGCCAGCAUCGCAUCGAAACACUGCGUAUACCUGCGUGUACGCUCCAUCGCCCGCCAACAGACGCGCACUGUUGCUCUGCGAGCGAACAGAUGAGCCGCGAACGUGCUGCUGUGACGUUAAAGCGUACGUCUGCUACAAGGACGUCGAAGUUCUACUGUCGCUAGUGUUUUCCGUGGUUUAAUCCUUCGACGCGUGUUUUCGCGUUUGCCAGUUUGAACAACAAUCGGUCAUUCAACAGGAACACCUCUAGGCGAACGUAUUAACGCGUAGUGGUUUGUGCAGAACGUUACCUUGCCCGAGUUCGUGAGAGGAUUAUAUAAUUACCAUAAUUGAAUAUAACACUUCGACCGGAGUCGUUGGUUGCCUGGUGGUCUGUUUGUAUCGACAAGGAAGAGGAAGUUGAAUGUGUUCUCGAUCCCUUUCAAGUUUUCCCACGUGUUCGGAUUGACGCACAGACACACACACACAUACCGGUUGUCACACGGCUUGUGAAGCACGUGAAGUUCGCGUAACUGACGCGUAGCGUUUCUUCCGGUGCUGCUUUCCAGGAGGGGUACUUUAACGGGUACAUAACGAACUCCCACCACCUACCAAAGUCUCGCAAAGGUUGCUGGUGAAAAAGCCCGUAGUUCCUUUAACCUGUCCAAAUUCCCGUUUCGCUACAUUUCGCCGUAAAAACGAGUGUGUGGGAUGUGGAAAAAAAGUCAAUUCCAUCGCGUAACGUCGUCAGCAAAUCAUACACCACCCGGGCAGUAGUACAAGCAGCAGAAACAAAACAUUACCGCGAGGACUCUUGGAAUUGUGCUCAGUGGUGAGACACAAUAAAGUGUGCCCUCCAUCCCCUACACAAACAAAAAGGAAAAGGGGUUGGGUUGGUGAACCACUACAGGAGUAAAAGUGCGAAACGAUGCUUUGCCGUGAUUUAUGAUGGUCGCGUUUUUGGCCAGCGGUGGUUCCAUAAGCCCAUAGGCACGGUAAACAAAAGACAAGCUUCAUACACAGCAAACAAAAAAACAGGGUGAAUCGUGACCUAGUGGCGGUGCGUAUUGCCAGCUGGUUAAAGGUCGGUUGUUGAUUUUAUGAAGCUUUCGUGACAUUCGCGCAGAAAGUGGUAAAUGUGGUGUGAUAAGCAGUAAAGGCGUAACUGGAAAACGGAAAUACGUCGAACGUUAUGGGUUUAUUUUUGGUACCAGCACAAACGGCAUAACCGUUAAACGAUCACAUUUAUUCCGUUUGUACUUGUUUGAACGAAUAGUACAACGGAGAGAGAGAGACCGUUACCGUUACCUCUGCCCGGUUUUGAUGACUCGCUUCAAUGCGUCUUUACGGUGUGCGUUAAAGUGUCGCGCGCGCGUUUCUAUUCGCGUAUUUUUUGUUUUCUCUCGCGUUUCGUAUAGUUUGUUAUUUUAAAAGUCGUCUACUUUUUGUGCGUUUACUCGCCGAGUGCCAAGCGACAUCGGGACAGGUCAAGCGCACCAAUAUCAAUACGUUCUGUGAUAAACAAAAGCAUCGUUACUACAAAAGCUUCACGGUCUCUCGACUGGGGUGGUCUAGUUUUCCCGCGCUAGUUCACUCGUUUCCAUCUGCAAACUGUUGCUGUUGAAUGCCCCAUGUUAACAGUUGAUUUUCCACAACACAAAGGCAACAAAAAGUUAGAAAGAAAAGUAUUUAAUCGUGAUCGUGCGUACAAGUUGUUCGGAAUGGAAUGUUAUGUUUGCUGUGUUACCUGUGUGUUACGAGUGUGAAAAGCAUCGAUACCGUGACCCAGUUAAAAUUUAUCUCUAAGUAUUCCACUUUCCAUCACCUUUAAACCGUGUACCAAGGAUAUCAGACACACGAAGGGAUGAAAUAAUUAAGUUAUCUGGAACAAGCUAUGGUGACCGGUGCUUAUCUUUCGCACCAGCAACACCGACCGACGAAAGAAAAGCCUUUUACAUUGGCGCGCUUGUUUGCGUGUGGGGAAACAUUAUUUAUACCCACCCACCGGCUCAUGCAGUAAAUGCCACCACCAAUAGGGCCGAUAGUGCGUACCAUUAAUUAUUCUCACCCUUAAAAAACAAAAUUUCCUUUUUUUCGGAACGAACCGGUGACAGCAAUGGUAAACCCGGUACUCGCCAAAAAGGGAAUAAAAUAGAUGCACCACCGGCAACAAGGUAUAAACAAAGCGCCAAAAAUAAAGGAAGCGGCUUAAACUUUAUUGCCACACAGCAUGAAAGCUCAUCAGCAACGAGCGAGCAGUUUAGUGUAGCGAUUUUUGGAAAGGUGGUACUAAAAGAAGAAAAUAAGCUAAACAAACGAAGGUUACGGCUUUUCCCACGAGGAACUACGCGGUUGUAGUUUAUGCUUCGAAGGUGUGAAUAAACAAACAAAUAAACCAUCGAUCCCGGUGUGAUUGGUGUGAUUGCGGUGGAUUGAGUACGAAAGGAAAAUAAAGGAAAAUCGUCAUCGACAUCGUGGGAAACUAAAUUGCUACCGUACAUGACACGUACAGUUGGGCGGGAAAAUACGCUAGCAGAAAGUACAAAGUACAGGAAGUGUUCGUUGUGAAGAAGUUAUUUAAAGUAUUAAAAUAAAAAAUAAGUGUAGUGCGAAUGAAUGCGUGCUUACGCCGAUUUCAAUUGUUCAAUCGCUUAAAAAAUCGCAAUCCGUGUUCCGUGUGUUGUUCGAUUAUCAUAUCAAAAUCACAAGAUCGAAAUAGAAAGUCGAAAAAGAAAGAAAAAUAUCACAAAGCAAAGCAUCAUAUCGGUUCGUGGAAAGUGUUGUGAUUGGGGAUACCCUACUAGGCACCUACAUAUCCUUGUGUGUUCUCCUGCAUGUGUUGUGCAUUUGCUUUGAAUUGGAAAUUUUCCUCUACCACAGUUCGAUGGGUAGCUUAAUUAGUGCACAAACGUACGCCACCGUUUGUCGAAGUGUGAUGACCAUUCGUGCUGCCAGCGUCUAGCAAAAAGCACAGAUUUAAAUCAACCAUUGCCCGCAAUCAGGAACCAUUGUGUGCUGCGGUACGCACCGACCGAGUAUUAAGGCGGGCAGUAGCAGUCCCAUCAUUUGGACAGCACACCAUAUCUGGCCGGCCAUUGCAGCGACGGAAACAUCUGAGAACCUUGGUGCAAGAUGGCGAUGGUAGUAUCCGGCCGGGCAAAGGCCGUCAUUGCCGCCUUUGUGUGCUUCUUCCUGCUCGGGAUCGUGCUCGUAACCGGCUCGACCAAGGGCUGGUUUGUGCCGAUGCGUUACAAUGAACGGGUCGCCGCACGGGUACAGCAAAGUGGUGACGACGAUGGAUUCAAUGAGCCACCGAUGAUUUCACCACCACCGCCCGAGUACGGCUACCGGGUGAAGGGUGACAAGGGCGAACGGGGCGCUAAGGGGGAAAGCAUUCGGGGGCCACCGGGACCACCGGGUCCCCAGGGACCACCGGGUCCACCGGGACCACCGGGUGCAGUAGGACCGAAGGGUGGCGGAUACUUCGAUGGUGAUGGGUCUGGUGAUGAGAUGAAACGACUGUCACAGCUGUACGACACACUGCCAAACCGAAAACAUGGCGGGCAAUGCUUUUGCAAUGCAUCCCUUAUCAUCGAGGAACUCAAAAUGGACAGCAAACUGCGCGAGUAUCUUCGCGGCCCUCAGGGCAUGCCCGGCAAAGAGGGAAAGACCGGUUCUCCGGGUCUAACGGGCGUCACUGGUCCACAAGGUGAACGCGGUACUUCCGGCCCGAAGGGUGACAAGGGAGAUCGCGGUGACCAGGGCGCUACCGGACCGGAGGGCCUCCACGGAAGCAAGGGGGAACCGGGUCUGGAUGGGGCACCCGGUGUACCGGGCCCAGCCGGACCGCCAGGUCCUCCAGGGCUUCCAGAGAACUAUGAUACUAAUUGGAAUCCAUCGCGGAUGUUUAAGGAAUCUAUGCUCGGUGCACCGAUCCAAGGAAUGCGCGGCGGUUCACCGGGACUGAAGGGUGAACCGGGUGAGAAGGGCGAGAUCGGAUUCCCGGGUGAAAAGGGCGAACACGGUACCAAAGGUGACCGCGGUGAUCCGGGUCUGACAGGUGCCAAAGGUGAAAGGGGCCACCAAGGAGCGCACGGACAGCCGGGACCGAAAGGACCGCCGGGCACACCCGGCAUACCAGGACUUCCCGGCCAAACGGGUGCAUCCGGGCUGAAGGGUGAGAAGGGCAAUACGGGCGAAUCGGGCCCACCCGGUCCACCCGGUCCACCCGGUAUGGUACUCCAUUCCGAGGGUGGCCGAAACGGUACGCAGGAUCAGUGUCAGUGUCAACCGGGACCACCCGGACCGGCAGGAUUGCGCGGUCCACCCGGAUACGAUGGUGCGCCCGGACUUACGGGUGAAACCGGACUUCCGGGACAUCCUGGUUUGCCUGGUGACAAAGGCGAACGUGGACUUCCUGGUACGAAGGGUGAGAAAGGACCGGAGUUCAUCAUCAACGAAAACGCGGCAUUUAACUCCUCCAGGGCUAACAAAGGUGAGAAAGGUGAACGUGGCCAACGAGGACGCCGGGGGAAGACGGGCGCACCGGGACCGAUUGGACCACCGGGAAAAUCUGGCGGCAUGGCAGAAACGUGGCCCGGCCGACCAGGACCUAAAGGCGAUCAAGGGCCGAAAGGAGAGAAAGGAGACAGCAUGACCUUGCGAGGAGUAAGUAUACCAAAGGGUGAUAAAGGCGACCGUGGCAUGAAUGGGCGGGAUGGACUGCCAGGACCGCCGGGACUUCCAGCUGCAUCCGGUGACGGAGGCGUCCAAUAUAUCCCGAUGCCGGGACCACCGGGACCACCGGGACAACCGGGACCACCCGGUCCACCCGGGCUGUCCAUCAUUGGUGAGAAGGGUGAACCGGGCAUGGAUUCGCGCAGUCCCUUCUACAGUGAUUCCCAGCAUGGAUACUACGGGCGACCGGGAGGUCGGUCCAGUUUGGACGAGCUGAAGGCACUACGAGAGCUCAAACAUCACAAGGACUACGAAGACAGCACGCUCGGACCGCCCGGACCACCAGGACCCCCAGGACCGGCCGGACGGCCACUGCACGAUAGUGACGAGAUACCGAACAGUUACGGGGCCAACGUUCGCAUCGUGCCCGGAGCCGUCACUUUCCAGAAUGCAGAAACGAUGUCGAAGAUGUCUUCCACGACUCCCGUCGGUACGCUCGCUUACAUAAUUGACGAGGAAGCACUUCUGGUACGAGUGAACAAGGGCUGGCAGUACAUUGCACUAGGAACGCUUGUGCCAAUUGCAACGGUACCACCGCCCACCACCACCAUCGUACCACCGCAGCGUUCCGAUCUGCAAGCGUCGAAUCUCAUCCACAAUCUCCCACAGCCGGGCGACGGCUCAGUGUUCACUGCCACACCGGAGUAUGAGUCGUUGCGGAUGGCAGCACUUAACGAACCGUACCCGGGCGACAUGCAGGGCAUCCGUGGUGCAGACUUCGCCUGCUAUCGACAAGCCCGCCGAGCCGGUCUCCUGGGAACGUUUAGGGCUUUCCUUUCGUCGAGAAUACAAAAUCUAGACUCGAUCGUACGGAUAGCGGAUCGUGAACUACCGGUCGUGAAUACCCGCGGUGACGUCCUGUUCAAUUCGUGGAAUGGUAUCUUCAAUGGACAGGGUGGAUUCUUCUCGCAAGCACCACGGAUAUACAGCUUCAGUGGGAAGAAUGUGCUCACCGAUAUGGCGUGGCCCCAGAAACUGGUGUGGCACGGUUCUAGUGCGCACGGUGAGCGUGCGAUAGACACGUACUGCGAUGCCUGGCACUCGGCAUCGCCGGAUAAGGUCGGUCUGGCCAGCAGUUUACUCGGUAACAAACUGCUAGACCAGGAACGGUACUCCUGUGAUAAUCGGUUCGUGGUACUUUGCGUCGAAGCGGUCCCGCAGGACCGAAGACGAAAGCGAAGAGAUACCAGAAGCCAACACGAGUUUGCCAACGAGAAGGAGUACAGCCAAUAUUUGCAAAGCAUCAGCGCACUGUAAAGAAACUCGCAAACGCGCAUCUAGGGAGUAGACCAGUGACUUCCGUACCACACAAUACUCAGAGCAUCGCAUAAAUAGCAUCCCCAUCAACUACACCGUAACUCAUCAGAACGACGUUCGAUAGAUGUCAUCUCGGCGAAAGAUCCGAAACCAUUGAAUCACAGACAGAGAUACACAGACACAAUGCAAAUGAUAAAUAAGAUAGGAACUAAAGCUAAAAGAAUAGAUAAGAAACAAUACAACUGAAGAAUGGUUUUAAAACAAAGCAUGAAACAAAAUAAAACACUGUGAAGAAGAGAACGGAAUAUGAAGAAUAAAGUAUAAAAAAGAGAAGAAGAGAAGAAAAGAAAGGAAAAUAAAACAGAGAAGGAAAAAAAGAGAAGAAGAAAGCAGAACAGAAAAAAUGUCCCCAAUCGGACCGACAAAGCCGCAACACUGCAACUGAAUUAAUGAAAUAAUGAUAAUAAGUAAUUUUAACAGCGGACAGUCUGACGGUGUAGUUACGUUAUAGAAUUGUUUAAAUUUGUUUUUUUUUAUCUACCCUUACUUUACUUUCGUUGUUUAGCAAUUGUAACAUACGGUAAAACGAAGUGGUGCAAAAAAACGCCGAGUGACUAAUGUAAAACAAUAUGAGAACAAAACAUGGUAAGAACACACAACGUUAGCAACGUAAGUAAGAAAAAAAACAAGGUACAACAUGUGCAUCACCAGCAAAGAAAAAAAAACACUCUUUUGGGGUUGAGAUGUGAUGCAAAGAGACACGGUGGUUGUUAGCAUAUAAGUGAGCGAUAACAGUAACAAGAUUCAAUUAACGCAACACGUGCAAAACAAAACAAAACAUCAUCUACUAAUGUUUAACCAUGUCAUCGCCAAGCAGAGGGAACGUCAAAUGUGAGUCAAAGUCAUAAUAUGGGUUGACUCGGCCCGUAACAAACUCUCGUCAUGUUGAUAGUCAAAUUAAUCAAUGCCUCAAUGCCGAUCAGUUUUGCAUCAGCAGCGGUGCAGCCGUACUGAUCGAUCACACUUAGCAGAUCGCUUAGGUUAAUGGCAGUCCUAAGUAAGGGUUGUGUAAAAUUCCAUGCUAUCUUCUGUCUUCUGGUAGACGUAAGACGAGAGAAUUCUCGUUACCUUUACCAAUCCAAUCUAGACCAACUGUUUGUUUUUCUGUUCUUCCGCUAUUACCUUUACUACUACUACUAUUACUACUAACUACUACUAACAUCAUCACCUAACUCUAGUGCACUGUGCAGAGCUCGAUGACAAGUCCCAAGCGCAAGCAAAUCGUAAACUUAAUACCAAAAUGGAGCAAACUAGUGUUACAUUGACAACAAAACGCGUGUUGUGAAUUUAGUACGUGACGCAAGUGAUGCGGUAGGCGAUUUACUACAAUCCAUUAACAUUUCCUGUAAAUGCCACAUUGAACAAACCACGAUUGUGCGUGUGUUGUUGUUUUUUAUUUGUUUAGAUACGUAAAACAAUACAUUCAAUCGCAGCGUUACAGAUAGAACAGACUCACUGUGUACAGCGCCACACAAGCACCAUUCUGGGGAAAGAAAUACGUCUUACCGUACUUGUAAACAUACACUAAAACUCUCUAUCAUCUCCCACCAAAAAAAAACCCAAUGAUGAUCCUUUUUUCAUUUCACCCCAGUUUUCCGUAGAAGAAAAUGUGCAAUUAAGAUUUGUUAUUACAUUGAACAACGGACAACUUGCACAAGGUCCGCAAGCAGCCAUUGCAAACUACAAAGAGUGAACCAGUUUCAAUGCAAUUGAUGAAAUACCAUCGAAGCCAGAGACAUUUGUGUCAUUUACAGUGAGGACCGGGCGGACCGGUGGAACAGAAAUAAUGUUUUUAGACGAUAAGUAAUUACCUUUAGGUGUAAGCAAAGGUGCACACGCGUUCAAAUGCGCGUGUGAUUCGUGACGGUAGAAAUGGUUUAAAAAAAACAAAAGUCGAUAGAUAAUAAGCUAUUUAACUAAUAACGGUAACUAUUAAAAGCCAAGCGGGGUAAAUGAAAUAAAAAAAAAACCAAAAAAAUACAAAAAGGCCCCAAAAAAGGGAUAACAAAACACAGAAAGAGAUCCAUUUUUCUGCAGAUUGCAUAGGUAAUGAGUUUAAUUAUCGUUUUUCAAAAUACGUUUCUGUCUUUACCAGAUGGGGUACAGAGAGCAGUAAAAUCGUUUCCACAUAUCUAAACAAUGUGUGGAGAGUAUAUUAGAACAACAGGCGUUCUGCGUGUAAGAAGUUGUUAUCUUGGAUGGGGAACUACAAAUUUGAAUCGGGAAAACAAACUGAAAAUUUGACUUGCUGUAAUAAAAAUGAAAUUCAACCAUAAUAUAA